AGGCGGACUUUUACACGAACAUGGACACCUUCUUCUGCAACUUAACAGACCUUACGUACAAAAUGCUGGGCUUAACGGUGAUAUAUGUACCUCGUGAGGGUAGCAACCUGACCGAAGAGGACUGCACCGAUAAGGAGUUGGUCAAGAGGAUGGAGAGUGUGGUAGCCUACUGGACCACCCAAAUAAGGAUAGCCCUCUCAGACCAGGAGCAAGCGACACCCAACGAAUUGUUGUGUCUAAAAGACGAGUACGACUUUUGGAUUUAUCGAUAUGACAAUCUCUGCGGUCUAAACCACCAGCUUCAGAACCAAACGGUGAAAAUAAUAGCAGAAUUCCUAUUAAUAAGUCAUUCGACUUAUGCUCGCCAGUUCUUAUCAUUAAUAGAUGAGAUCGAAGACGGCGUACAGGAAGCCAAAUCUAACAUCGAGUAUCUUCGAAUCUUGAUAGAUCCUUCUGCAGAAUUAGAGAAAUGCACUACACCAUCAAGCAUCGAGGAACAUCUGAUGUUAAUCAUACAUCUGUUCAGAAUAAUCUGGUUGAAUUCACCGUUCUAUAACAGUCAUGAGAGAAUAGAGAAUCUCUUCAAGGCUCUUAGUAAUCAAAUUAUUAUCCUGUGUCGAGAUUACAUCGACUUUAAUGAAGUAUUUUCUGAGAAGCCUAGAAGUUCCAUGCAAAAGUUCAGAGAGUGUAUAGACGCCUGUGAAAAUUAUAAAGCACUGUAUGACAAGAUAGCGCAAGCCCACAAUAGCCUAACGGACAUACCAUGGGAUUUAGACAGGGACAAUAUAUUCCAGCAUAUUGAUAUUUUCAUUAGCAGGUGCCACGACAUGAUUGAGAUCUGUCAGGCGAUGAUCGAUUUUGCCAGAAUAGACGAAACAACGGAAAUAAUGAGACCGCUGUUCGGUGGAACGAAGGGAGAAGAGCGCGAAAGGGUGUGUCAAAAAAUCGAAAGAUUAUUUCACGAGGCACUGCAGAAGAUCGAGCAGGAGUCCGACAGAAUCCUCGAUGUUCAUUACGGCAUGUGGCACGAUGACAUGUUUACCUUUCGCAACGAAAUGAAAGAUCUAGAAGUCAUCAUCGAAAACCUAGUCACGUCAAUUUUCGCACGCUUGAACAGCGUACAGGAAGCAGUGGAGGAUUUUCAGAGUUUCUACACUUACAUGAAUCGCGAGAAACUGAAAGCUCUGUUCGAUGCUAAAACGAUCGAGAUAUGGAAACUCUUCAGCGAAGAUAUCCAACGAACGAAGCAGGAGAUACUGGACGAAAAGGAGGAGUAUCCUUCGAUGACUCCAUAUUAUGCAGGCAGGGCAUUGAACCUACGACUGAAAGGUGCUCGUUUGCAAUCAACAAGAGAGGCGCUCGAGGAGGCCAUGUGGAUGCCCUUUUGCGGUCUUAGCGAGGAUAUCUACUAUCAGCACGAUCUGCUAAAGAAAUCGAUCGAGGAUUUCGUUAUCGAUAUAUACAUGAAAUGGAUACACGAGGUUGGCGAGAAUCCACGUGUCAAGCUUGAUCGUUUCCUUAUGCGACGCAGCGACUCGUCUGCUGGAUUACUAUGCUGCAACAUCAACCCGGACAUUUUGAAUUUAUGCCGCGAAACCGCCUAUUGGAUUACUCUCAAAUUCACUAUCCCUGUUCAGGUUCAAAUCGUUUACGAUAAAUGGGAAACUCUGAACUUCGUUUACGAGAGCGUUCUUGCUGUAGUUAUUGGCUACAAUAAGGUGAUUAAAGCGUUGUCGAUGACAGAACGCGAUCUGUUCCGCGAACUAAUUCGCCACGUAGACAGGAAGAUCAAUCCCGGCUUAAACAGGCUGACAUGGAACACUGAAUACGUGGACGCAUACAUCGAGGAUUGCUUUAACCAAACGGCAAAUCUUCAAGAGUUCAUUGACGUUUACAAAGAAUCGAAUCAAGGUAUCAUGAGACUAUGUGAGAAGAUUUGCGAUACGCCGAUGAUCAAAAUCAGGCAGAAUUACACUUACGCUUUGGAGGAUUUACAACAAGAGUUACUGAAAACCAGAGACGAAACUUUCGAAGUUCUACUGGGCUAUCACAGAACCAUCUUUCAGUAUAUAUUGGUUAUUUUGGAUGGAUUUAAGGAUGUUCUUGAAGACUCAUUGCAAGAGUGGAAGGUUUACUUAAGCAGGAUGGACCUGCUCAUAGGCGAGGCUUUCAAAAUGUGCUUGGUCGCAUCUCUCGAGGUCAUGUACGUUGCUCUUCAUGGUGAUGGUACUACGCCACCAUCGCCGCUCAUUUUGAUACACGUAGAGCUAAUCGACAACAAGAUAAAAUUCCUGCCGGACCUGGCAAACAUCGCCAUGGAAGUUGCAGUGAUCUUUGACAAUCUUUUAGAGCCCUUGAAAAGAAUAACUCGACUGAUAGACAAAUUCAAGUUCGAUUUUCAAAUUCCACCAUUCUGGAAAAUAUAUGAGAAAGAUCCAGAAUUGCUCGAUCUUCAACAAAAACUCAACGACGAGGUGAAUGCCUGCUUCGUUCAGAUGCAAAACUACAUGAAAAAUUGGGAACCGUUCCAUGAAAUUUGGGAAAUAAAUAGAGACAUGUAUCUUCAGAGAUACGAAAAAUUGAAGCCUACCGCGGAAACGUUCGACUCGGAUAUCAGUAGAUACACGAUCAUCGCCAAUAACGUUCAGAUGCAAGAAACAGUGAUGACUGUGCACUUCCUUGACGUGAAUGCCGAUCGACUAAAAGGUGCCAUCAUCGAAGAAUGCUCGAUUUGGCAACAGAAGUUAAUUGAACUUCUAUUACGGCAAACCCAAAAUAUGGUUCAUCACGUGUAUCACUAUAUCGCGGACAAUUCUAAGAAAAUAACGAAAGAGCCGACGGAUCUUAUCAGCAUGCAAUACACGAUGCAGUUGUUUGAGAAGCUGAACGCCGAUAUUCCUCGAGAAGAAAGCGAAUUCCCAAAGAUCCGUUAUCAAUACGAAACUUUGGAGAAGUACGAAGUGAGCUUCACGUACGACUUCAUGCGAAAACUGCAUGACAUACAACCUUCCUGGGCCGCCUAUUUAGCUCUUCUUGAGGAAUGCAGAGAGACAUUGAAGGCAAAGAAGGAGGAAUUCAAACAGAUCCUAUUGCAAGAUGCCCUCAUGUUCGAAGACGAAGUAUUAGCUCAAGUGGCGAAAUUUUUCGAUACUGGGCCAUUCACGUCUGCUUGGACGACGCAAGAUGCGUUCGCCUGGAUAAGUUAUACGGAACGGGAAAUUUCGGCACUGAAAAAGAGAGAAUCCAAGCUGAAAACGCAGCUUUUAGUGUUCGACAUCAAUCAACCAGAUUCCUUCAAACUGAUACAAUUAGAGCAGGACAUGAACGCCAUCCAAUUGGUAUGGGAGAUCACUAGCGAAUGGAACGAUGCUUGGGAAAAAUACAGGACGCAGAAUUUCUGGAAGAUUGAAAUGGAAGAUAUGGAGAACACCGCGAAUAUUCUUUUCAGGAAGCUGAAUCGUCUUAGCAGGGAGCUCAAAGAAAAGAACUGGGAGAUCGUGGAACACUCGAGGGGGAGAGUGGAUAGAUUCAGGCGUACCCUUCCAUUAAUUACUAAUCUAAAGAAUCCAGCGAUGAGGCCUAGACACUGGACGAAAGUCAAAGAAAUUGUAGAUCGUGAUUUCGACGAAACAUCUGAGGAUUUCACUCUCGAUACCAUCGCGGAGAUGGAGCUACAAAAUUAUGCAGACCAAAUUGACGAUAUCUCAAACUCUGCUACUAUGGAAUUAGCUAUCGAAAUCGGCCUGAAAAAUAUUUCCGAGAUCUGGAAAAACAUACCUUUAGAGAUGAUUCCUUACAAAGACAGCGGGAUAUUCAGGAUAAAAUCUAUCGACGAAAUAAUGCAAUCUUUGGAGGAUCAUCAAAUUCAAUUAUCAGCCAUGAAGGCAACGAGGUUCGUUGAACCGUUUGCCGAGGAAGUUGAUUACUGGGAGAGAACCCUUUCGACCAUCGGGGAGGUUCUCGAAACGACCCUGUUAAUUCAGCGCGGUUACAUGUACAUGGACAACAUAUUCACCACGGAAGACAUCCGAAAACAGCUCCCUAAGGAAACCAGCGAAUACGACAAACUGACAAGACAGUGGAUCGCAAUUACUUCGCGGAUGGCAUCCUACGGUUUGGCAUUAGAAGCCACUCAUAAUCCACCUGGUCUACUGGAACUUCUGAAUAAACUCAAUGACAAGCUCGAAUCGAUGCAACGUGCCCUGGAACAGUACUUGGAAACAAAACGACACGUGUUUCCAAGGUUUUACUUCAUUUCUAACGACGAUCUACUGGAGAUCCUUGCGAAUGCGAGGAGGCCCGAACUGAUACAACAACAUAUUAAGAAGCUCUUCGAGAAUAUUAAAUUUCUGACCACAACUAAGUCCAUAAUUGGAAAGAAUUUGGCUAUUGCGAUGAACUCUAACGAAGGAGAAUGUAUCGAUUUUAACGCGCCCGUUGUUCUGGAGGGUCAGGUCGAGAAAUGGCUCUGCGACGUUGAGACCGCGAUGAGGACCAGUCUGCGCGAGGUGCUGAAGCAGUGUCGUAGCGCGCUGCGAAAAAUGUCCGCGAAACGCGACAGGUGGGUGAAAGAGUGGCCAAGCCAGCCUGGAAUUACGUCCACUCAGAUCCAGUGGACGACCGACUGCACCCGUACCCUUCAACACUGCAAGAUGGUGGACUCGAGAAGGCCGCUGAAAAAGCUACGAAAACGACAGAACCAGGCAUUAAGCAAGUAUACGGAAGCGAUCAGAGGCGAACUGACCCAUCUUCAACGAUUAAAGUUCAAGGCGAUCGCGGUGAUUGAGAUCCACGCGAGAGACGUUAUCGAGAAAAUGUACCGAGCUAACUGCAGAGACGUGUCCGCCUUCGAAUGGCUGUCACAGCUGAGAUUCUACUGGGACAAAGAUAUCGACGAUUGUAUCGUCUGGCAGACGAACACGUAUUUUGUCUACGGAUACGAGUAUCUUGGAAACACGGGACGUUUGGUGAUAACGCCGCUCACCGAUAGGUGCUACAUAACUCUCACCACAGCUCUACACUUGUAUCGUGGUGGCAGCCCCAAGGGACCGGCUGGUACAGGGAAAACCGAGACCGUGAAGGAUCUAGGAAAAGCACUGGGAUUCAAUGUGAUCGUGCAGAACUGCUCCGAGGGGCUGGAUUACAAAAGCAUGGGCAGAUUAUUCUCUGGACUGGCUCAGACCGGCGCAUGGGGUUGCUUCGAUGAAUUUAAUCGCAUAAACAUCGAGGUGUUAUCGGUGGUUGCACAACAGAUACUCUCGAUUCUCUCUGCGCUCUCGCAGAAACUCACCAGGUUCGUGUUCGAAGGCUAUGAAAUAUCGCUGGUGCACACCUGCGGCGUCUUCAUCACGAUGAAUCCAGGUUACGCAGGUCGCACUGAACUGCCUGAUAAUCUGAAAUCCAUGUUCAGGCCAAUUUCAAUGAUGGUGCCUGACAGCGGCAUGAUCGCCGAGAUCAAUUUGUUCUGCGAGGGUUUCGAACAGACGCGAAUUCUCGCCAAGAAGGUUUUCACGUUAUAUACGCUAGCUCAGCAACAAUUAAGCAAACAAUUUCAUUACGACUUUGGUUUGAGGGGAAUAGUGACUUUAACGAGAUACGCAGGAAAAAAGAAGAGGCUUUAUCCGAAUCUGCCAGACGAGGAAGUGAUCAUUCUUGCCAUGAAGGAUAUGAACAUUGCUAAACUCACCUCGGACGACUUACCGUUGUUCCUUGGUAUCACCAGCGAUCUCUUCCCCGAUGCGGAGAUACCAGCGGUGGAUUACAGCGAAAUUAUCGGUUACAUAACCAAGGAGGCCAUCAAACUGAAGCUUCAGCCUAUUCCCCUGAUACUGACGAAAGUUAUCGAGCUGUACGAGACGAUGAAUUCGAGGCACUCGACGAUGAUAGUGGGCGAGUCGAACACAGCGAAGACGGUUACAUGGAAGGUGUUACAGCACGCGAUGACGAGCAUGAAGAACGACAAGAAACCAGGAUACACCGCCGUUCAUGUCUAUCCCAUUAAUCCAAAGGCGUUGAGCCUCGCUGAACUUUACGGCGAAUACAAUCUCACCACUGGCGAAUGGCACGAUGGCGUUAUAUCCUCGAUCAUGCGAAAAACCUGUUCCGACGAUAGCCCUGACACGAAAUGGAUCCUCUUUGACGGUCCAGUGGACGCUGACUGGAUCGAGAACAUGAACAGCGUAAUGGACGAUAACAAGGUUUUAACUCUUAUAAAUAACGAUCGAAUCACUUUGCCGAAUCAAGUAUUGCUAUUAUUCGAGGUCCAAGACCUCGCUGUCGCCUCUCCAGCGACGGUUUCGCGGGCUGGAAUGGUAUAUAACGAUUACAAAGACCUUGGUUGGACACCUUACAUGCACAGCUGGCUUCAGAAGUUUCAACGACAGACAGAAUUCGUGGAAGAAAUGAAAAAAUUGUUCAGUGCCCACGUGAACGAUACUUUAGAAUUUAAACGACGAAAAUGCGAGGAUCUUGUCCCAGUUCCCGAACUAAACGCCGUUCAAUCAUUAUGCAAGCUUCUAGAAGUGCUUGCCACCGCUGAAAAUGGGGUUGAGUUCACGGGAGACGUAGACAUGUUUGCCAAUAUUUGCAGAAUGUGGUUCUUCUUCUGUUUGAUAUGGUCUAUUUGUGCGUCGGUUAACGAGGAGGGUAGAUUUAAGGUGGACAAUUUCAUACGAGAGAUUGAAGGCACGUUCCCACUGCGAGACACUGUAUACGAAUACUUUGUAGACUCUCGACUACGAUCGUUCGUUUCCUGGGAAGAAAGAUUGCCUCCGGUAUGGAGAAUCCAGUCAAGGAUGCCGUUCUACAAGAUAGUAGUGCCGACCGUAGACACAGUUCGAUACGAGUUCAUCGUGAACUCGCUGCUAAAGAACCAAUUCCCAGUUCUUAUAGUAGGUCCCGUAGGCACUGGAAAGACGUCGAUACUGCAGUCGGUAUUAAACUUCCUAGACGAGGAGAAAUACAGCGUGCUGACUCUGAACAUGUCCGCCCAGACGAAUUCGAAGAACGUACAGGACACAAUUGAGAGCAGACUCGAGAAACGGACCAUACGUGUGUACAUUCCUGCAGGCGGUAAAACUCUGAUCACCUUUAUGGACGACUUUAACAUGCCUAUGAAAGAGAUAUACGGCUCGCAGCCGCCAUUGGAAUUAAUUCGGCAGUGGAUAGGAUACGGUUUCUGGUACGAUCGAGAGAAACAAACACAGAAAUUUAUACAGAAAUUACAAUUAAUGGCGGCCAUGGGUCCCCCCGGUGGAGGUCGGAACGUUAUUACGAAUCGCUUAUUGACAAAGUUUAACGUAAUUAAUAUGACGUUCCCGGUCGAGAAGCAAAUCAUCAGAAUAUAUGGGUCGAUGUUGAAUCAACAUUUUGGUGAAUUCCAUGCGGAAGUGAAGGGAAUAUCCAACGAAAUAACACUUUCCACCAUCGGCUUGUAUAACAAAGUGAUCAGCAAGAUGUUGCCCACGCCAGCGAAGAUACACUAUCUGUUCAAUCUAAGGGACAUAUCGAAGGUUUUCCAAGGUCUGCUACGAAGUCAUAAGGAUUACCAAUUUUCCAGACAAACCUUCCUUCGUCUAUGGGUGCAUGAGACGUUCAGAGUCUUCUCCGAUCGAUUGAUCGACGAAAAAGACAGAGAAUGGUUCGUAGAUCAAAUUGGCGAACAACUUGGGAAACACUUUGAAUUGACUUUCCAGAAUAUCUGCCCCGAAAAACGAUGUCCCUUAUUUGGUAGUUUCAUGAACGUUUGGGACAUAUACGAGGACCUUACGAACCUUACUGCCGUAAGGACGUAUAUAGAGAAUCAAAUGGACGAAUAUAACGCUUCCAGUGGCGUGGUUCGCAUGAAUUUAGUUCUUUUCCAUGACGCGAUUGAACACAUCUGCCGUAUAGUUCGCGUGAUCUCUCAACCCCGUGGUAACAUGCUGCUAAUAGGGAUCGGCGGAAGCGGAAGACAAUCUUUAUCCCGAAUCGCGAGCUACAUAUGCGAACUGGCCACCUUCCAGAUCUGUGUUACAAAAAACUACAAACUACCCGAAUUCCGCGAAGACCUGAAGGUCCUAUACUCAAAAACAGGCGUGGAAGAGAAACCCACGACGUUCCUCUUCAACGACACGCAAGUGACCGAGGAGCAAUUUCUAGAAGUAAUAAACAGUAUACUGAGCACGGGAGAAGUGGCCAAUCUCUACAAGAGUGAUGAAAUAGAAGAAAUUAAAAAGAAACUGACAAAGGAAGUAAUACGUGCUGGGCGAGUACCAACGACAGAAGCGAUCUAUUCGUUGUUGAUCGAGCGGGCGCGUGCCAAUAUGCACUUGGUGGUAUGCAUGAGCCCGAUCGGAGACGCGUUCAGAAACAGAUUACGCCAGUACCCGAGCCUGAUCAACUGCACGACCAUCGAUUGGUUCCUGGAAUGGCCAAGGGAAGCCCUCCUCGAAGUUGGCAACAAGUUCCUCAUGAAUCUCAAUCUGACGCUCACUAUCACCGGCGAAAAUAAAGCGGAACCUCGACAAUCGGCGACAGCGAUUCCUUUGCCACCGCUUCAAGAGCGAAUGCGGGAUGGAAUCGCGGCUAUUUUCUCUCUGAUCCAUAAGACCGUGUCAGAGUUUUCCAGCAGAAUGGCUGCUGAGAUGAAGCGCUACAAUUACGUGACACCAGUGAAUUUCCUCGAACUAGUUGCUGGCUAUAAAACAAUGCUGGCGGAGAAGAGAGAGGACUUGGCGAUCCAGGCGAACAAACUUCGCAACGGUCUCUCGAAGAUCGACGACACCCGCGUUAAAGUGAACGAAAUGGCUACGGAACUGGAAGUCACACAGGAGCAGGUUCAUAAAUCUACCAGGGAAUGCGAAGAGUUUCUGGUAACGAUCGUGAAUCAGCGUCGCGACGCGGACGAGACACAGAAGACAGUGGCCGCGCGAUCGCAGCGGAUCGGUGAAGAACAAAAGGAGUGCAAAAAGCUCGAAGAAAUCGCUCGAGCUGAUCUCGCAACUGUUGAACCAGCUCUGAACGAGGCCAUGAAGGCCCUGGACGCGCUGAGCAAGAAGGAUAUCGCGGAGAUAAGAUCUUUCACGCGUCCGCCACCGAAAGUGGAGAUGGUAAUGGAGGCGGUGAUGAUCCUGAAAACCUCGGAACCGAGUUGGACGGAGUCGAAGCGUCAACUAGCCGACGUGAACUUCCUCAACACGCUGCGAGAUUUCGACAAAGACAACAUCUCCGACAGGACACUUCGACAAAUUAGCAGGUACACGUCAAACCCGGAAUUUGAGCCAGAAAAAGUAGGUUUGGUAUCUGUGGCAGCCAAAUCACUCUGCAUAUGGGUCAUCGCCAUGGAAGAAUAUGGGAAACUUUACAGAAUCGUAGCACCGAAGAGGGAAAAAUUGCAGGCUGCGUUGAAAUCUCUCAAAGAGAAGGAACAAGCGUUAGAAGAAGCGAUGAAACAGUUGCAGAAAUUGCAAGAGAAGCUGAAGAAACUGCAGGAGAUGUACGACGCGAAGAUGAAGGAGAAAGAAGAGUUAAUUAAGCUGGCGGAACUACUAAAGUUGAAACUGGAGCGAGCCGCGAUGCUAGUCGACGGUCUCUCAGGCGAGCGAAUUCGAUGGGAGAACACGGUUGCUUCGCUGGCCGAGUUCUUUGACUGGUUGCCAGGUGAUUGCCUAAUAUCCACCGCCUUUGUGUCCUAUUUGGGCCCGUUCGUAUCCAAUUACAGAGAGGAACUGAUAAACAUCUGGAUGAAAGAGGUGCAAGAAAAAGAAGUUCCAACGUCACCCCAGCUCGAUGUGAAACAAUUCCUGGCCGACCCUGCUGUCAUCAGAGACUGGAACAUGCAAGGAUUACCAUCCGAUGAUUUUAGUACUGAGAACGGUAUCAUUGUGGUCAGAGGUACAAGGUGGCCAUUAGUAAUCGAUCCACAAUGCCAAGCAGUGAAAUGGCUGAAAAAUAUGGAGGCCAAGAACUCUCUAAAAGUGAUCGAUUUCGGCCAACCAGACUUCGUCAGAGUAUUAGAAUACGCGAUCCAAUAUGGUAAACCAGUUCUACUAGAAAAUAUCGGUGAAACGAUCGAUCCGGUAUUGAACCCGAUCCUUGAACGAGCAAUAGUGAAAAUAGAGAACCAGAUGAUGAUCAAGUUCAACGAAAAGAUGAUCAGCUACCACGACAAGUUCCGGCUCUUCAUCACGACGAAACUCGCGAACCCCCAUUACGCCCCGGAGAUAUCCACUAAAACGACGUUAUGCAACUUCGCCAUUAAGGAACAGGGACUGGAAGACCAGCUCUUGGGAAUCGUGGUCAGAAAAGAGAAGCCGCAGCUCGAAGAACAGAAGGACAAUCUGGUCUUCACGAUCUCGUCCAAUAAACGAACUCUCAAAGAACUCGAAGACAAAAUACUCCAUCUACUGAACGUGGCCGGAGACACUCUACUGGACGACCUGGAUUUACUGAGCACGUUGCAAUCGUCAAAGGCGACCUCGACCUCUAUCGAGGAAUCGUUGGUAGUGUCUGAACAAACAGAGAAGGAGAUAGACCUUGCCAGAGAAGAAUACAGGUCCUGUGCACAUCGUGCCGCGAUCCUCUUCUUCGUCUUGAACGACAUGAGUUUUAUUGAUCCGAUGUACCAAUUCGCCUUGGACGCAUAUAUUACCUUGUUUAUGCUGUCGAUCGACAAGAGUGCGAAAAGUAUAAAGCUCCCUGAAAGAAUCGAGAAUCUAAACGAAUAUCACACUUAUGCAUUGUACAAGAACACGUGUCGAGGUCUCUUCGAACAACACAAAUUACUCUUUUCCUUUAACAUGUGUAUGAAGAUCUUGGACGCACAAGAUAAGGUGAUUCCUAACGAGUAUGCGUUCUUGCUGCGUGGUGGAAUCGUUCUGGACAGAGAGAAUCAGCCAGAUAAGCCGAUUGGCUGGUUGCCCGAUGAAACUUGGGAUAAUAUCACAGAACUCGAUAAGCUGGCUGGAUUUCAUGGAAUUGUUUCUUCGUUUGAACAGUUCCCACGAGAUUGGCAUAAUUGGUACGUUAACACGGAACCAGAAAACACACCCCUAGUAGCAGAGUGGGAGACGAAUUGCAACGUGUUUCAGAAGAUGCUAGUAAUACGUAGCUGCCGUCCUGACAGAAUUUCCUUCUGUAUCGCGAACUUCAUCGUGCUAAAUCUCGGUCAAAGGUUCGUCGAGCCACCGGUACUCGACCUGAAGGCAGUGCUCGACGAUUCCGUAGCACAGACUCCGCUUAUAUUCGUCCUCUCGCCCGGCGUGGAUCCUACGAGCACCCUGAUGCAACUAGUCGACAGCCAGGAAAUGACUAACCACUUUAUGACUCUGUCUCUGGGUCAAGGACAGGCGCCCAUUGCCACUAGAAUGAUAGAAGUAGGUGCAAAAGAGGGGGCUUGGGUGUUCCUAGCGAAUUGUCACUUAUCGCUAAGUUGGAUGCCGAAAUUGGACAAGAUUGUGGAGACUUUAGGGGCCAGUAAAACCAUAAUACACCCGCAAUUCAGAUUGUGGCUUAGCUCGAGUCCAAGUCCCCAAUUCCCUAUAUCGAUCCUGCAGGCGGGUAUAAAGAUGACCACGGAACCACCGAAAGGUUUAAAGGCAAACAUGAAACGACUUUACAGCUUAAUAACCGAGACCCAGUUCGAAUUGUGCCAAGCAAAGUCCAAAUACAAGAAGCUUCUGUUCGCCCUGGUAUUCUUCCACGCGAUUCUCCUCGAGCGUAAAAAGUUCCAGCAAUUGGGCUGGAAUGUCAUCUACAGCUUCAACGACUCCGACUUCGUGGUAUCGGAAAAUCUCUUGCAAGUGUAUCUUGAUGAAUACCCAGUGACGCCAUGGGAAUCAUUGAAGUAUCUCAUAGCAGGUGUUUGUUACGGUGGACACGUGACCGACGACUGGGACCGUCGUUUGCUAAUGACGUACAUUCAACAAUAUUUCACCGAGGAGGCCCUGACUGUGCCCUAUUAUCGUUUAUCAUCGCUACCAACCUAUUACAUACCGAGGGAUGGUUCGUUGGCAUCCUAUCACGAUUUCAUCACGGUCCUACCGACCAUCGACAAACCGGAAGCGUUCGGUCAACACCCGAACGCAGAUAUCACCUGUUUAAUCAUGGAAACCAGAAAUAUGUUCGAGACUCUGAUGGGACUUCAGGUCCAGGCAGUUGCCAAAGAAGAAACUACUAAGGAGGAAAAGGUUACUCAUUUAACCAUGGACAUACUAUCGAGAAUACCAAACGACAUCGAUUACGAAACAGCUCAGAAAUUAAUAGGUCCAAAGAAAUCACCAUUGGAUGUGGUAUUGCUUCAAGAAAUACAACGUUACAACAUUCUGCUGCAAAAGACUCGCAGUAGCUUGAAAGAUCUUCAACUCGCGAUCCAAGGUUUGGUGUUGAUGUCAUCAAACCUUGAGGAAAUCUUUACCUGUGUACACGAAGGUCGCGUCCCUUCGAUUUGGCUGACAACAUAUCCGUCGUUGAAACUGUUGGGUGCUUGGACAAGGGAUUUAGUCAGCAGGGUGGAACACUUCAAUGAAUGGGCUCGAACUACUCAUCCGCCGCUGCUGUUCUGGCUGGCCGCAUUCACGUUCCCAACCGGCUUCCUUACCGCUGUAUUGCAGACAUCCGCCAGGCUCUGGAACGUCUCUAUCGAUUCCCUGUCCUGGGAAUUCAGUGUUUUUACCAUUGACGAGUCGGCCAUAAUCGAAUCACCGAUGGACGGCGUGUACAUACGCUCUAUCUUUCUGGAAGGCGCUGGCUGGGACAAGAGGAACAGUGUCCUCGUCGAACCGUCCCCUAUGCAACUUGUUUGCAACAUGCCGGUGAUUCACUUCCGACCCGCGGAAGAGCUUAAAAAGAGAACCAGAGGACUCUACACAUGUCCCUGUUAUUAUUACCCCCAAAGAAGCGGGGAUCAAGGAAGACCAUCGUUCGUAGUAGCGGUCGAUUUAAACGCAGGUCCAGGAGGAUCGGACUUCUGGGUAAAAAGAGGCACUGCCCUGUUAUUAAGUCUCGCCACGUAG